GCGGCGGCGUUCCGAUUCCUGCGCCCGCGCGAGGCCGUGCGCGCCAAAUCCGACCUCCUCAGCCUCAUCUCCGACCAGGAGAGGGGCCUCAGGACGCAGCGCGAUCCCUCGAAGCGCGCCGAGAUCGUCGUCGCGAUCGAGGCGCUCGCCGCCGCGGCGAAGGGCUCGGUCACCACGGGGCCUCCGCUCUCCGCGACGUGGCGGAUGCUGUGGACCACCGAGAAGGAGCAGCUCUUCAUCAUCAAGAACGCCCCCUUCUUCGGCACCGAAGCCGGUGAUGUGCUCCAGGUGAUCGAUGUGGAGAAGGGGACGCUCAACAACGUCAUCACGUUCCCCCCUUCCGGGGUCUUCUUCGUGCGAUCCUCGAUCGAAGCCGAGCCCCCUCAGAGGAUCAAUUUCAAGUUCACUAGUGCAGUGCUAAGGGGGAGCAAUUGGGAGAUCCCAUUGCCGCCUUUCGGAAAAGGAUGGUUUGAGUCUGUAUAUCUAGAUGAAGACAUCCGAGUUGUAAAGGACAUACGAGGGGAUUAUUUAGUUGUCGAUCGAGCACCUUAUAGUUGGAAGGAAUGAUUGGUGCGAACGGAAAUCACUCUCUUCUCAUAUUAUCUCACUUUUCCUUGUAUUGGAGCUAUUUAUAGUGGGUGAGUAUAUAUGUUAGCAAUUAUCUAGUGGAGUAUCACCAUGUGAAGCAUCUCAAUAGGUUGUUAAUUUUCACGGGAAUUUUUGCGUGCGAUGUCUCGUACUAUGGCGUUCAUCCUUUUCGAUUGUGAAGAAGAAGAAUUCCUGAGGAAUAUUUUUUCAAGUCAUGCUCAUGUACAUUUCUGUAGUUAUAAUGAAUGAAUAAGCAUUCAUUGUAUACGAGGUAACAUUAGCUUGUUCAGCAGUAAUAUUAACAAAUUUCCUGCUGAUUGAUGUAUAACUAGCAAUGUUAAUAACCUUGAAAUUGCCUUUUUAUUUCCUGCAUCUGAAGCUAUCAUACCUUAAGGUACCAAUCUUUCUAGCUUCCAACUUACGAAACUUAAUUGAAGGAUCAUUAUGCUGACAAUAAUUCGCCUUUUUUUGAGUCAGAACACUUGCCUACUGCCUUUCAGCACUUCGUCAUUCUCCUGAGAGGGUUAGCAUGUUUCAUCUGCUUGGAAGAAGAUCCAAAAUGUCCAGAAAAGCUCAGGUACGGACAACUAUAUACUUCUGUCGACUUCGUAUUUAUUUUGAAGAAUGUACUGUUGAAUAACGGUAGUUAUAAUUCCAUUUAGUCAAGCAUCUGUUCUUGCUUCUUUUUAAGAUCAUAAUAUUACCCUUUUUAUCACAUUAAUGUGUCGGUAAUCUUGUUUUAAUGUCGUUCAUCAUCACCAUCUAUUCUAGUCAUCUUGCUCUUCUACAUGAUUAUAGCAUAUCCAGUAACUUUGAGGCUAUGUCAUUUUUGAGUCGAGGAUAUCCCAGUGUUUUCUAUUCCUUGUAUGCGUAAAUAACCUUUGCUGAUACUUUACUCGUCUCCAAAGUUUUUGGGAUUUGCUCUGGUAUGUUACAGAUGAUUUAGAUUAUGACUAAUAUAUAUUUUUUAAAGUUGGGAGUUUUUAAACUUCAUUCUCCAAAUCGUAUUCGAAUUCAGAUUGAUGCUGUUGUUAUUGUUGGGACACUGUUAACAUCAUUGCAGAGUCUACAAUUAAUUCGGGCACACAGUGAGUUCCCAGCGAUGAAAAGGCUGGAGUCUUUUUCGUUUUACCCUUUUUUCUUGGUAAAAAUAUAUGGAGACCCUAGCUUUAAUUUUUUAGUUUACACCUCCUAUAACUUCUAUCUUUUUCAUUUGAACUUUUAUAAUUUGCUAAGUUCAAAUUUUUGUCAAAUUUUAUUGCUUAAUUACUCAUUAGCAAUUAAUUAGUCUAACUAUAUUCACUAUAAAAUAGUUUAUAUUAUUAAAUUUGAUCAAUUAACAUGGUAUUUUUAUAAUUUAUCCGGCUAAAACAGAUUUCAACAAAAAAAAAAAAUGUUGAGGUGCAUUAAUCAAGUAAAAAAUAUAUAUUCUAUUUCAGAAUGGCCUAUAGCUGGGGAGGUGUCCAUGAUUUUAUUUUACUUUUUUGCAAUUUAUUUCACGUUUUUUUAUUGAAUGCUUUUAAAUUUAAUUUUACUUUUAAAUUAUUUAACAAUAUUACUAUUAUAAAAUAUGUAACUAUUUGUUUAUAUAUAAAUCUUUUAAAAGUAUAAAAUAAGGGUCGCCCCACCCUGUUGAACGGUGGUGCGGCUGUGCUGUGUCUUUUUGAGCGGUGCGGUUUCAGUUGACGGUCGACAGCUGCUCCUGAGAAAUUUUAGAGGUUAGCGAUGCGGACGCGUGUGAAGGCGUGGAAAUGGUGGUGAAGCAAACUAUGCUCUACUUGUUAGAAUCUUAUUGGUUUCAUAUUGUGUAAGCACAUCUAAUUAUAUCGACUGAUCUUAAAAUACACUAAUUAACUUUUUAAUUUCAUUCGUUUUAAGUUGAA